GCUUUGGGUCUCUCUGCUGGGCACAGCCCAGCCGGCGCACGCGAGAUAUGUACGCAGCGAGCCGUCCAGUUUAGUUUGCUAUUGAGCCCCACAGGCGCACGUUUGUCUGGUCCGCCCGGCGCCUCUGGCUCACCUGGCAGUUAGUUAAACCUCCUGUCCGUGUCUCCAGUCCCUAACGCUCUGAUCUUGCCCCCGCCCCCGAUAUGGACGAGCUCGGGGAGAAGGGAUACCAGAAAUGCAUACUAGACGACUGGGUUGGGGCCUUGGCCAUCUGGGACGAGGCGAUCAGGCGCUUUCCGAAGGAGAAGCGGUUUUACAACAACAGGGCGUUGUGUUACUUUCAUAGGAAAGAGUACAUAAGAGCUUUAGCGGAUGCUCGGUACAUGACCAGUCACUUCCCGGAAUAUAUUCGUGGACAUUUUAGGGAGGGUGAAAUUUUAUGUGCCAUGGGUAGUCACGAUGAGGCUUAUAAAUGCUUUCAGCGUGCCCUAAACCUUAAUCCCUCAUGUACAGAAGCUUUAAAUGAAUUAGCCGAGGUUCAAAUCCAAAUGCUAUGUAAAAAGGGAUACUCCAGGUAUCAAGCGGGCUGUGCAAUGGAAAUAGCCAAAGAUCUCAAAGAAGCAGAAACUAUCCUACAUGCUGGCCUAUUUUCAGCCAGAGAUUCAGAAAAAUACUUUUCAGAAGAUGAAGAUAUAGUACAACCACCACCAAUAGAUCUUCCACCCAGUGCCGACCUACGGGAAGACCCAACCAACCCUAAAAAAUGUUGCUCCCUUUGGGUGGGAAAUAUGACAGAAAAAAUGACUGAUCAGCAAGUAGCAAAUCUCUUUAAAAAAUAUGGAGAAGUGAAGAGUGCCAAACACUGCACAGAGAGAUUUUGUGCCUUUGUUAAUUUUGCUCAUUAUGAAAGUGCAACAAAAGCUAUGAUAGCAUUACAAGGCAAAGAUCUAGCAGGAAACAAGAAAGUAAUUCUUCGAUGGCCUGAUAAAGUCAUUUAUGGCAAAUAAUUUUAAUACCAUUACGUUCAAACGAUGGCAACAUAUCAAAUUAUUGAAAAAGUUAUUUUGAGCAAGGAUGCUUAGCAUGAA